UCCGCGACGCGCGCUUCCGGAGGGCGUGGCCCGAGGCGGUGAGGGCCGUUGCUGCUGCUGCUGCCUACGCGGCGCCUUGCCCCAGGAGCCGCUGUUUUCCUUCCUUCCUCGGAGGAGGAGGAGCUCGCUCUCUCUCUGUCUCUCGCUCCGUCGGUUGGAGGCUGAGGCGGCGAAGAUGGUGGCCAAGCAGCGGAUCCGGAUGGCCAACGAGAAGCACAGCAAGAACAUCACGCAGCGCGGGAACGUGGCCAAGACCUCGAGAAACGCCCCUGAGGAGAAGGCAUCAGUGGGGCCCUGGCUGUUGGCCUUGUUCAUCUUUGUGGUGUGCGGAUCGGCUAUCUUCCAGAUUAUUCAAAGUAUCAGGAUGGGAAUGUGAAGGAGCCGGUCUUUGUACAAGAUGGUUUCAUUUCUCCUGUGAACUAUAAACUCUCAUUCCUGAUGUUUGAUAACUUGGAAUUUAAAUUUGCUGUCGUCUCGCUUCUGAAGAACUUUCCAUGUUGACCAUAUGUCAUUCCAGGUUCCUUCACAAGUCAUUCCAAGUUUUCUAGUCCAUGCCACAGUGCCUUGAGAAAGCACCACAUGUAUAAAGCAAUAAAAAAACUAUUGUUAACUUACAAUCGUGGACCUACUUAUUCUGUGAAUCAAACUCAUGCUUUCUGUUGAGAUUUUAAGUGUAAGCAGUGUAGAUACUUAGUGGUCACAUCAUAUGUAAACACUGAUCUUUGUUAAUCUUCUGUAUAAAUGGAAGUGAUUUUAUUUAAAAUUAAGACAUUAAGCUUAUCAGAUAGUGACUGUAUGACUAGUUUCAAGCACACUCAUGCAAUUCAGUUAACAGAUGUGUGCUGUGGCUUUUGUUUAUCUAAAAAGAACAUCUUAUGUAUGUGUAGCUUAGUUUUAUUGUAGCAUGUGGCAACCAUUAAAUAAUUCUGAUAGAAGACUUCAUUCAAUGCUUCUUGGGAGAUUGUUUUAUAAAACAAAGUAAUGUAAAACCAAUGGCUUAAUAGAGUAUAUAAGGGAGCAGAAUCCUUCAGUCUUAAUGUGCCAGAAGAUUCACAAAAUGCUUAGUUGUUGUAUUGUAUUUGAGUGUCAGUGAUUCAUAUGCCAUCGUUCCUUUGGGCAGGAUGGGUAAUGGGAGCAACUAAAAUUAAAGAUAUGUUAAAGAUGCAAAAAAAAUCAUCUGGUGAUUUGUUCCAUAAUAUUGUAGUGUUCAAGGUAACUCAUUCAAGAGCACUAACAUGCAUGCAGCCUGAAUAGCACUCUGCUUUUGCUGAACAAGUUAGUUAAACAUACUGCUGAAUCCAAAUUUUUAUAUUGCUGUGACUUGAGCCAUUUUUUUUGUUACUCAAUAGCAUGUUAAUUUUAAAGAAGUCUUCAGCAGAAUGGUGUAAAAGAAAGUGGAUUACAUUUUCACAGGGUAGUAGACUCAUAAUUGAAAUGUCUUGGCCACUUCUAACCUGCUUGUUACAUAGCAUAGAAUGAUGUGAAGUUUGGCACUCUUCAGGAAAUGCCUUAUAAACAGGUAGUUGGACCAUAAAUAAACUAAAGGGCUGAGUGAAAAAUUGACUAGCUAAGUGACUGAUUUUGCAGGGCUGUACGAUAGAUGACUGGAAGGCUAUGUUUUUACCAUUAGCUGUCAGUACAUUCUGUAAAUGGGAAUUGCUUGUUUGUAAUCCAAGAACUAUUUCCAAUAAAUUACUUUAAAAUCUGA